AUGGGUAGUAUUAAAGAGCAAGAUGAGGUAGCUUUGUCUCAAAACACGAUAGCUGUAAAAGGAUUUGCGCUCGCCCUCCUGCUUGUAAUGGUAGAAGCAGUUCCUUCAUUGACUGAGGUUGUGCAAGAGAUAUGUUCAUCAUCAGAAUCAGAUAGUGAUGAAAUAGAUGGAAAUGGUCGUGAUAUAUUUACUAAGAAAAAAACUCUUAACCCCGCACACGCCCGAAAUGUGGACAAGCGAUGCAUUGCACAUGUUAAUUCGCUUCUAAAUGAGGAUAGUACUCGGUCAAUUGACGAAGCCAAUUUAGGUUGGUCUGACGAAGAGCAAGAUUCGAAAGUUGAGAACCUUGUAGCAUGCAUCAACGCAAAUCAUCAGUUUACAACUUCUUUAUUUCGCGGUGUGGUUAGGCAGACGGAUGUGGAGCGAAUGCGAGAGUCAUGUAAAUCGACUUGUAAGUCAAGGAAAGCAACAUAUGUCCACUCGCAUGGUCAAAACAUUGAACCCGGUAAUAUCGUUGGGCUUGUGAUGGAGAAAAUCAAACCUCAGUUAGCUUACAUGGAGGAUAAGAUUAACUUGUCAUGUGCGAGGGUUGAUGGAAUGGAAGGAAAAGUUGUUGUACAAGUGAAGGAUAUGUUUGUUAAGUUCAAAGAGGAGAUGAUAAUAUCUGUUACUGAAAAGGUUCGUGCAAUGUUUAAGGACGAGGGGUCUGUUCAUCGUCGCCCUUCUCACAUUCCAACGGCAGCUCCGAUAGAAGUACCAGGUCCAGCUACAGUUAUUGCUUCCGUAGAUGAUGCAAAUGCAAUUACUAUUGGAAAUGACGAGAAUCUAACUCCAUCAAAGAAAGACCCUGUUGCUCCCGGAUUUGUUUGUGGUAGUCCGGAAGCAGAGACAUGUGCACAAUCAGCCAAUAGCCAGAAUCGUGGACGCCAAAAUGUGUUUCACGAAAGUUUGGAGGGUAAUAAGAGGCAACGUGAAAACCCGACUGGUGAACCUUCGUUCUCCCUUUGUUUAACUCAGGAAGAGCAGAAUCAGGGGGAAGAACAUAUUUUCGUACCAGACGUUCCUGAACGGGAAUGUAUUUCUCUCACUAAAGUUGAUGACAACAUUGAAGAAGGUCAAGUAUCACGGAAAAGUAAGAGGCACAAAACGGUUCCUUCAGGUCUUGUUGACGAUUAUCAAUGUGGUCGUCACAUUAUGUCGCGAGUUAGAGAAGCACAGAAGUACAUAUUUGUAAUUGAUGAUCAAUCUGACAUGACAAGGAAGUAUGCCCAGCUGUCUGUUAAAUUGAGGGAGAAGUUCGUUGUUAACGUUGCUGGACUUGCCGUUUAUGCUAAAGACAUUCAACUUAUUCUUGAGAGGCCACGUCUUUUGUCCACAAAGGUUAUGGAUAUUCUUAUACGAGUUUCAUGUCUUGCGGUCUGUCCUAACCUCCCUCCAGAAGGUUCCCGUAGUGCUGCAUUUCUUGAUACAAAAUUUGUGAUUUCGAUAAACAAGACGUAUCCGAAGUUUCUUAAGAGUCGAAAUAAAGAGGCAUAUAUGUUUCCGAAAGGGUUGAGGGAUAUUUUUCCUUCUAAAGAUGAUCCCAAGGUUCACCAAAUAAGGUACUACUUUCCAUUCAAUGUUGGGACGAAACAUUGGGUUGUGAUUUGUUUUGAUGCUCGUACUGGGGUUCUUACUGUUCUGGAUUGCAAUGCGACACUGUACAAGGAUAGUUCCGUCGAGAAGUAUAUCAAGUCCAUUUUGCAGAUGUUACCAUAUCUUGCUAGAUAUGUUGGUGAAACCGUCGGAGCAGAGCCCGUUAUUCAGUGUUAUGAUGUUGCAAGGCCUAAAUCUGUUGCACAUAAUAAAAAUCCAGCUGAUUCGGGAUUAAUGGCAAUGCUGUUAAUGGCCACACAUGCUAUCUAUGGCAUUGAAGCGUGUAAAAGUAUAAGUCAUGAAGUGCUCGAAGAAGAAGGUAGGAGGGCUGCCAUUUGGCGUAUGAGUUUAAGGAGCAGCUGUAGACGAGCCCCAUGGUUGAUGUUUUACUUAGUAUAA